AUGCCACUUCUCGGGAGAGAUGAGUUUGUGCUGAAGCAACUUCCACCCAAUUUAGACUUAAAUCAUGAAGUCUUCUAUUGUAGCCAAACUGGGGAAGCAUUUCUUACAUACGAUGAGUAUUUUGAGCGUCAAAUCCUCUGCUCAUCGAUGCUUUGGACAUGUUCUGUCACUGGCAAGACCAAUCUCACCUACGCCGAUGCUAUUAGAUCGGAAAGGGAACAUCAGACAAUACUCUCGACGAUUCCACGCGUCCUCCAAAAAGUGAUACUUUAUCUGAUGAAGUUCAUCAAUAACUUUAGCACAAAUGUAACUUUGGCUGUUUUGUUUGACUUCACCAAUAUGCGCUUUUUCAUCGGUGAAAUGGUCUUUAUUCAAUCCACUGUCAACAACAAAAUAAAACGGACCAAAGGCUACAUUCGUGAUGUCAUACCUCCUGAAGACUCCAAACAUGCCACUUCAAUCUCUUAUGGACUCGAUCCGCUCAGUUAUCAGUACGUCGUCGAAAUAAUUGAUCCUAAAAGUUCGGAUGAAAAUGUUAUCGAAGUUUUUCCAGCAUCUCGCCUAAAACGCUCAAAGUUCAGUCUCACUCGUGAUAAGUUGCGUCUCUUUCUGAAGCAGCAUUUAUCGGUCAAGUCAUCACGUUAUGACACAUUAAGUAUUAAAGAAGAAAGUAUUAAAAAAUUCGGUCUUGAUCAUCUUCGAUGGGAAGCGCUUUUUAAAGGUCCAACUCCUAACUUUGAUGAUGAUACUACUGUUCUGAAGGCAUUUUCCAAACGCUUAUCGGAUGGCGGCGAAAUUGUGGUGUAUGGCUCGAAUGAUGCCGAUGAUGCUGAAAAUGCUGACGAGAAUGCCCCAUCAAAAACAGUGGUCAAAAAGAAAAGUAAUCUCUUAAAAGAACAAAAAGAAAAACUUAUCAAGCGCGAGGAAAAGCUAAAAGAAAAGAGUCAGGCUGAAGAAGGUACCUCAAGUAGUGGUAAAAAGAAGAGAAGCAAAAAGCAAAAACUUAAAGAUAAAGCCAAGCUGCUUAAAAACAAGAAGAAGAAAAAGGGUAAGGGCGGCAAAAAUGUGCCUGAGCCGGAGGAGCCCAAGGAGGACAAAGAGGCGGCGAGAAAGAAACUCAGAGAUGCCCGAAGAAAGUUUGAGGAGGAUACCCGUAUUUGGAUGGAGAAACGGGAUGAUUUGCUGUGCGAUGAUCUCAAGCCUUUGCCCGCCCCCACUCCAGUCGACUGCGGCAUUGACUCAACCCUCUUCGGCGACACCUUACUUACCCUCGAGUUUAUCAACGUCUUCCAGGAGUAUAUCGACGACUUCUCCAGCCCAUUUCCAUCAGGCAUUUCAAUUCAACUGUUUCUGCAAAUUCUCAACGACUCUGACGUCAACGGGCCGUACAGUGACCUGCUGUUGAGAUUAUUUGACACCGUUCUGAUGUCUAACCGGGACGGCGAUGAGGAGGCAGAUUUGAAAAUCAACAACGCCAAUGACGAUGAGUUCGCCACCUACAAUGAGGACGAUGAGACGACCAACUUUUGCAACAACAACUACUCUAACCACUGGGUUUCUACAUACUUUGGCACCCGGGAGCAGUUGUCUAAGCUGAGCCUGGACGCAUUUACGCUUAGCGAAAUACUGCGCAUUUACAUUCUGAAGGCUCGAAACACUGACUCCAAAAGAGCUCGUCAUGAUGACGACAGCGACGUGCAGUUGGCCAUCAAGUUGACCACUAACAAUGUGUUUGAGCUUAGUCCCACUGAACGACUGUCACUUUUUAAGCUGCUGCUUGACGACCUGUUGGAAACUCCCGGUGUUCGUCUAAAGAUGGAAGACUCGAUGGAUGAAAUGUUUCGCCUGAAGAACCAAAUCCGUCAUCACAAUGCAUCGUACACGAGAUGGCUUCGGGACCAUCCGGUUCGACUGCGAAUUCGAAAGAAGAAGCCACUUUCCGAUGCCGCUGAGGAGAAUAAAGAUGAAAAUGGCGAAGAACAGGUGGAGAAUGAGUCGACGGAAGCGGAAAAGGAGGCAUUCAAAAUUGAGAAGGCACAGCGAGAGCAAGAAAUGAAAGCAAACAUUUCAAAGUUGAAAGCGGAAAUUCGUAAGCAUUCUGCCUUUUGUCGGCCUCGCCCAAUUGGAAUGGACCGCGCUUUUCGCCGAUACUGGGUAUUCCAAUCACUACGCGGACUUUUGGUGGAGCAUCCAGUUGAAGUCAGAUCGUGUCUUGAUUCGCCAUCAGUCAUCAAAAAGCCUAAGCUUGCUGACUAUCUGCCAAAUGCAAAGAGGAGAAAAUCUAAAGCGGCGAAAAAAGAGGACUCUUCCAACAACGUGGCACCUGCUAAUAAUGCUGCUGCUGGUGAUGAAUCGGCCUCCAAAUCUGUCCUAUCUAAUGAGCACCUUUUUGGCUGCUGCACCGGUAACAUUUCCACUUGUUCAGUACACGGAGCUGCCAACUCUGAGAAGCGAGUAAGCUGGUCGUUCUACACCAAGGAACAACUUGACGAUCUAAUUGCAUCGCUCAACAGUCGUGGCUAUCGUGAAAAUGAUCUUAAAAACUCGCUAAAUAUCGAAAAGGACUCCAUUCUGAAGGAUCACCUUGAGCAGUUUGUUCCCACUACUCUGAACAGCAAUUAUGUGCCACCGCCGCCACCACCACCACCUCUAGUGGCUUCUGAACAGGUAGAUAGCAGUGACGAAAGUAAUCUGCUUCGCAAGUCGGAACGUAUUCAAAACAUAAUCUACGAAAAGGCAAUCCUGGGACCCAAGUUGACUGCGCCUGUGACAGUUCAUGUACCCUCUGAUACUAAAUACUCAACUACAUUGCCAGCAGAGGCACAUGCAGCUCAGCUGGCGGAAAGACUUUUGGAGCUCGAAGAUCGGGUUUUUAAUUCUUGCUUUUCAUCGUUCAGUUUGGAAGAGCGCGACCAGUGGUGGAGCAGCGUCACGGACAACAAGGCUAGUGACAAUGUCAAGUCUAUUGAAAAUCUGACUGCCUUGUUCCGAACUUUGGCAAAGUCACUUCGAUCAUUCUGCAUACUGCCGCCACUAUCGACUUUUCCCGACUCGACGGCUUCAUCACCCUCGGACAAGGAGAACAUGGAACACGUUUUGCCCAAAGUUCCAAAGCUUUCCGAGAAAUGGCUUGAUGUACUAAAGUUGGCAAAUGGUUUGACUACUGGCCAACUAAACGAUUUUGAGUCUAGCUUUGGCAUUAGCAACCUAUCGCAAAUCUAUGUCAACAUGUACAUCUUUGAAAAGUCUCUCAACUGGGAUCUUUCCGCAAUGAAAACGGCCAACAAGUGUCGUGUUUGUCGACGAAAGGCAAAUGACGAGAUGAUUCUCUGCGACAAGUGCAACCGAGGCUACCACAUCUACUGUCUGAAGCCGCCGAUCAAUUCUAUUGACGAAAUCGAAGGUGAUUGGUUUUGCUACACUUGUGUUCCCAGCACUGCCGAGGCACCGAGCACUUCAAAAAAGAGCGAUCCAAAGGCUUCCUCAAAGUUAUCGACAAAGAAUGACGUCAACCCAAAAGUGAAUGAAGCCGAAAAAGUGGAUGAAAAACCACCUGUUAAAUCACCUGAGCCUGAGUGCAGUACAUCUCGCGGCGAAACCCCCGAAGAGAUUUGUCUUGCAUGUAAAGACCAGCUGGAUGAUAAAUACGAUGAGGUUUCUUGCAAAUCAUGCAGCAGAGUCUACCAUUUGCACUGUGUCAAUUUGAUGCGUGUUCCACGUUCGUGGUGUUGCAUGCGAUGCGAAAUUCAAGAACGAUAUAAUAAUGUCUCGAAACCUGAAGAUAGUGGCGCUGAUGUUCGUCGCUCAUCUCGAAAGCGGCGACCGAACCAUUACUUUGAUGAUGACGCUGACUCAGCUGAUGAGGGUCAAUCAUUCUCUUCUCUCAAAACGAGAAGACACUCUUAUGAGGAGACAAACUCUCGCACUCAACGUGUCUCUUAG